AUGUGUUCAUAUGAAAAGUCAAUCAAAUCUCCACCAGAACGUGGAGUAGAUUCAUGUAUCAUUUCUAAAUUUAUUCAUGAAAAAGUAUUUAAUGAUUUAUUUCCGAAUAUUAAAUUAUAUAAAUCACUAUUAUCAGGCUCAUUAUCAGAAAUGCGAGCUGAAUUUCUUCAAUGGAACAAUAAAUGGAUCAAUAUAUGCAAGAAAAAUAAAGCAACAACAAAUUCAUUAAAUAAUAAUACUUCAUUAAAACGAAAAUUGAUAACGAUUCCCGAUACAGCUAUUGAAUCAUUCAACGAAUGUAAUGAAGCAUUUUUCCUAAUAUUAAAGCUUUACUAA